AUGAGAAAAGAUUUCUCUCCAGUAAGUCAUAGCCUUCUCGACAAUGUCACAAUCCGAUCAAAACUUUUUAACACUUACGCCCAGAUAUCGCCGUUGCAAGCAUUGCAUGGUCCCGUAGAGUUGUUAAUGCCUCAACAUGGCCGGGAUAUCGCAUUUCGGACUAGUGGUAAAAAUAAUCGAGGAUGUGUUGUGAUGUUGUUGUACACUGCUUCUGGUGAGAAGAGCAGUAUUGAGAUUCCGUUUGUGCAUAUCGAGAGCUUUGCGAUGCUCACAUCUGGUAAUAAGCCUGCAAUCUCCAUGAUUCUAUCGGACUUUGCUGCAAAGAAUUUGGCCCUUAGGCUUGGUACUCGAGAUAAGAUUGAGCAUAUAAUGCGAGGUUACCCAAAUGGUCUUGAAGAAGGGUCAAAGAAGCUGGUUUUUGUUUUGCAGCCUUAUAAAGAUAGUUUAUUUGUUCAAUAUAGCGGCUCCGAAAAUAACCAUUUUGGUGGAAUAAAUGAGCUUCACAAGCGCAUUGAUGUUUGGGUACGAUUUAUUCGGAAUAGAGAUUUGCUGGCGAAGGAGCAACGGCAACAAGCUAAUCGAAGCUGUCAGUCACACUUGGAAAAGCGAACUUCAGAAGACUUUUUAGGUCAGUAUAGUUAAUU